CGCGCAUUGGUCAACAUUGUGUUGUGGAUUCAACUUGGCAGAAAAGUCAAUAAAUUGGAGUUGAAAAACUCGGUAAGUUAAAACAUAUAAGAGAAUGAUGUCUUACCUAUAUCUAUGAUAUAUAUAUAAAUUAAUAUUACAUAUGCGAGGUAGCUACUACGCCAAAACAACAAUUAAUAUAUCGAAUAAAGUUUGGCAGCUGAUUUAGGAGCUUUAUAGUUAGUUUCCAAUCAGUCGACACAGAUAUGAAAAAGACCUCUUUCAGGGGCAUUGGGAAAGAACAUUUUUGAUAUUUGAAAUUGUUAGGGGCAAGAUGAAGUGUAAAAUAUUUGAAUAAAUUAACAGGGCAACAUAUUGAAUCAAAUUCAAUGUUUCGGUAAGAAUUUGUGGUCUUUGCCAAAACUAUGUAAACUAUAUUUCAAGCAUUGUCAUUGGUUUCAAGCUUUCGUUUUUGAAAUUUAUAAUUCCAGACAUUAAUGACGAUAUUCGGUUCAAUUUGACACAUAUAUAUAACGGUUAUACAAAAGUACAAAGGCUAUUCAGUCAGUAGGCUAUAUACCUGUUUAAAACAUGCAUUGUUAGGAAACCCCAUUGCACAUGGCAUCAAGCAUGGCAUUGUUUGCAUGCCAUAGAAUGCACUAGAAUACCGUUUAAAAGUAAACAUUAUUGAAUUGAUGCAAGAAUUUCAAUAAAAGCAAGAGAAUUCCUAUAUACAUAGAAACAUGUAUAGCUUUUCGAGUUUUUAUAUACUGUAUAGUUGUUUGAACACGUGGAUCAUGGCAAAAAGGCGUAUAUUCACAUGUAUGUCGAUAGAAGAGCUAUAUAUUAACAGCUUGAACAAGAAGGAAAACAGCGAAAAGACAAUGGCACAAAAAAGACGAUAAAUUGAGAUUUCAUUGAGGUAUAUAUGGGGUGGCGGUGCGUGGCAGAUGUUUCUUGGUAAACAUCAGAAAUGUAAAUUGCGAGUGCUUACUGCAGCUUUUGAGGAGUGAUCUCUCAUUGUCAAGGCUAAAUGUACAGCGUAUAAUAUAUCAGUAUAACAUAUAUGAUAUGUUGAAAUGAAUAUUAUUUUUCUCAGCUGUCUUCUAACCCUUGCGCCAGCGUAGCUGAGGCUUCUUCUAUAGGCGGCCGCCGGGAUAUCUGCCCUGCUGUUGACGUCAAAAACGGAAACGCCAGGGAUUUUCAAAAAUAAUGUUUUAAUCCCGGUCUUAUAAGGUCAGUGUACACACUAGUAUAGGCGACAAAUCGCUGCAACACGUCGCAGCAACAAAUUUCUUCGUGUAAACAGGAAACAUUAUUGUCGCCGCAACAUGUCGCAAACUGAAUUCAAACUGGUUUGAUUUUGUGCGACCUAUCGCGGCAACAAAAUCGGGAAAAUAUCAUUAUCGCUCUUUGGACAGCGUAGGCGUGCGAACAUUUUUGCAACAUGUCGUCGCAACAAAAUACAAAUUAACGUCCAACAUUUUCUCUUGACGUUUUUGUGCUUCGUCAUCCAGCAGCAUCAUUAAAAGAACUAACAUCUUCUUCUUUUUCAUUAAUUAAGCUAGAUGGCAUUUGCUGUAGUCUCUUGCUCGCCAUAUUUAACUAGUUUACAAUUCCCCUCAUACGAAACGCAUCACGGCCACAGAAUGUUGCAGCGUUUGUUUCAAGAAGCGGUUCAGCACAGUGGUUCCUCGAUUUGUCGCUGUGAUCUAUUGACGCGUGAGCUCGUGUGAACUCACGUGACUUGUCGCCUGACUGUACACACGAAGCGAUUCGUCGCAGCGACGUGUUGUAACGAUUUGUCGCCGAGUGUGUACCGACCUUUAGAUAGCCUGCGUAUAAAAAACGCCUGCUACGCAGGCUAGGUGUUAGACGGCGAACGUUCCAUGCGCCGAAACUAAUCAAAAUAACUACGGCACAAGUUCGGCAACUGAUUUGAACAGAGUCUUUGUGAGUUUGCAUGGCGAUAAAACAUGUAAUACUGUUGUUUGUGGAAACACCACGUGAAUUUACUACUGCAAAGCUCUCCAUUCGUAAGCCCGGAUCUUCAUCAGUGCAUGCUAAUAAUAUUGAUUAGAUAUUAAUAUAUUUGAACAGGUUACAGACAAACGAGCUUUCUACGACAAGUUUUCAUAUGACAAAUUUUAAACAUGGGCGUCUAAACCCAUGUCAAAUAUGUGACGCAUAAUACGGCAUGACUUACCGUAUUUUGUGCCGUGUCGAACCCGAUUGAUUUAGGCGUCGCUCUUCUGUCGUACUUAAUCGUUGUAUAUUAAGUUCGACUAAGCGCAGAUUUUCAAUUUGAAUGCAUGAAUUCGAACCUGCCUUAUGCUUUCAUCCAUAAAGCACAUAUUUUAACAUUGAUAACAUGAUGUUGGCCAUCAUGGUUAGCCGUUAGGUCGUUUUGCGGAAAGGCAAUUUAAUUUUUUUAAGAUUAAAGUGUUGCCUUUUGCUGUUUUGGUGGCAGGCUUGAGAUUUGACCCUCUUGUGCGGUCACUAAGGUAACUAGGCUAUAUUAAAACCUUAGACCAUAUUUUGCAUAUACAAUCACUAUGUAGGUACUUGAAUCAAACACUUGCAAAACAAAUAGCUUAAUUGGUUGUCUCAGAUUAUCGACCUUGACCUUACUUUGGCGAUAUCGCAUUCUCCACUGCACAUCCAAACGACGCAUUUUGCCUGCGUCGGGAUAAUUGCAGUUGAACUACAGGGUGUCCCAACAAACAGCAAAACUAUUGAAAUAACGUAUUGUUAGAAUUUGAAUACCAGCACAGACACAAUACACCCACAAGUGCGUAAAAGCUUGACAUAAGUAAAUGUUAUGCAUAAAGACACAUGCUGUUUAAAAGAAUAUUUGUAAAAAGAGAGAUUUAUGUAAUAUGCAGCGUUAAUUAAUUUAUUUUUAUGUUAGACAAAACGAAGUAAAACUAAACGUUUAUGUUUCAUUGACAAUGAAAGAACGUUAUGUUAGAUUAUUAUAACAUUGUUUAAUUAGUCGGGAGUUUCUCGGACAGCAUUCGGAAUGAUCCGUGAAUGCAAAAGUUAUGAGCUAAGCAGAUUGUUUUUGUAAAGUUUUUAAGAUUAUACGAGGCUUUAUUAAGUAAGAUUUAUUGUUAUUAAAUGUCAAGAUAGAAGAGAAAACAUAUGCUUGGGACAGAUUUUCUAAUUGUUGUUGUUAUUUAUCGAUAUUAAAUCUUAAUCCUGAAACUUCAAGCGUGUUUUAUGGUAAUAUGUUAGUUCCAUGCCAUCGUCGGUCCAGUUUAAAUUCCCAAGACCAGCAAAUCGUGCGCUUUACAAAAAUAUUUUAAUUUCUUAAUAAGUAAAUAUAUUUAACAUAUUCACCCUGUCAAUAUUUUACGCAUCUUUGCAUUCAGUUUAGUGCUAGAGGAUUCAAAUUCUAACAAUACGUUAUUUCAAUAGUUUUGGGUUUUUUUUGGGACACCCUGUUUCACAUGUAGCUGAGUCUGAGAGUGGAAGAAUUAGAAUAUGAUAGAUAGAUUUAUUAAACUUAAAAGACUCGCAGCCUAGGCCUUUACACUUGUCAUAGUCCGGGAAAUUUUUUUAACACCUUUUUUUAAGGAAUAUGUUACGAAAAAUUUUUCUCUUCCUUUUUGGGAAAAAAAUAGGGCCUUUUUUUCGGAAAAAAUAGGGCCCUACUUAAAAAUUUGACGGAGGGCCUCGCGGGAGGCUCCGUUACGCCACUGAAAAUACGCAUAUCAAAGUAACUUCAACAGUUCAGUCAUUAUUUGCAUGGAUACGUAGCCUGCAUGGCAGGCGGUCCUUAAAAUCGGGCAAGUCAGGCUAAUCAAUACGGAAAAUAUUGUUACAGUCGUGCCAAUAGAAGUGUUCCGAAAAAUGUUGAACAGUUCCUUUCCUAACUUCGAGGAGUUCCUCUGAACAAUUCCUCAACAAUUUGAUAAGUUCCUUAAAAAGUUCCUAACUUCCUGUUUCAUUGAUCAAUCAGAUUGCUCAAAAAUAAAAUAUAAAAUUUGAUUGGUUAAUGAAACAGGAAGUUAGGAACCUUUUAAGGAACUUAUCAAAUUGUUGAGGAAUUGUUCAGAGGUGUUCCUUCAAGUUAGGAAAUGAACUGGUCAACAUUUUUCGGAACGCUUCUAUUAGCACGACUGAAAACAAAAUAAUUAGUUUCUCCACUCGCUUUGUAAAUUGGAAAAUAAUCCCUUAAACAAACAAUGCUUCGAUUAUAAUAUGCAUGUUUAACGCUUCUAUAGUUUCAGCUAAUCUCAUAUGUAUAGCCCUAUACUCGCAGAUUGAAUUUGUUCUUAUAAAUACGAGUGCCAAAAGUACAAAUUUCAGUUUACUAUAUUUUUAAUUUUAGGUUACACAAAACACUUUCAUACCUUUAAUCCUUUUUAAUUCCAUUCCACUUUUAUCCGUAUUUUUCCAAAGAUGUACAUUUAUACUUUUCAAGAUUUCCUAAAACAAAUACAAAGUUGUCAAAUUAAUUCAGUUGUUACAAAAAAUGGAUUCAAUGCAUUAGACGGUUUACAGAGCUACAGAAGCGUAGCAUUUUACACGCGCGUGGUCUUGACAUUACUUUUUGGAAUUGCUGUGCGCAAACGACAUUUAGAAUCGCUCUAUAUUCGCUACGCGAGUCAGUUACUGUUAGUUUAAUUCAGUUGUUAGCAUGUUAGUUUGUUAGCAAUCAUUGCGGUGCGCAAACGAAGUUUGACAUCGCUUUAUAUUCGCUGCGUGAGUUUGUUUGUCUGUUUUAAUUAGUAUAGUUUAGUAAGAUCUUCCGAAAUGCUUUGGUAUUCAUUAGUCACUCGGGCACCUCCAACUAUAGGUACUGUGGUAGACGCUGAUGGAAUAUUUCACUGACGUAUAAGCAUAUAUGGAUUAUAAACCAGGCACUGUAUAGUGGAUCCAAAUAAGAUGACCGCAUACCCAGGAGUGCAUAAUUUCGUCAAGAUUUUACAGCUAUUUUUGCCUCUAAAAGUUUCAAAUGAAAGUUUUGCAACUGAAACUUUGAACUGAAAAUCAUCAUGAAGAUAUGAUAAAUCUUUCGAAGUUAUUAUCGUCAUAUCUGAGGAAUAAACAGUGCAACUUAUAUGUUCAAACUAGGCCGGGUUACUCGUGGCCAGUACGAACACACUUGGCGUAAAUGGAAGCUAUCAAAGGGAUGGAUUUAGUGGGGGAGUUGCUAUUCUUCGUGAUAAACCAAAAAAAUAUUAGAGACAAAAUGAGAUACAAUAAUUUGAGUACUAACAUGAUACUAAACGAACUGUGCAUGAACGUGCAACAAUUACAAUUCAAAUACAGUAGUCAAACAAGACUAGCGACUAGUACCUUGCUGCAGUGGUAUGUGACGUGGCUUAUUGAUGGGCGCACCGACACAACUCGGCACCAGAGCUGGCAGAGCACCUCCAUCCCUGAGCUAUCUUUGUAUAUGAAGGUGCAAUCUAGUAAUGCCCUGCUCCAGUAGUAAUAAGAGAAAUUUGCAUGAGAGUUUUCUCAACUGUCAUGUAGGGUUGCGUGAGAUGGCAGUUGACUGAAUAUUACAAGCAAUUGUAGCAGAAACUGUCAUCAAGUAUAAGAUAGUCCCUCGAACAUCCGACAUGUAUAUGCUCUAUCAGCCCCGAGAAAGCGUCCGUUCAUGAUUGGGGAGAUUUCCCAACAACGUUUUGCCAGUACACCCGGAAAGCAUGUCAACUAUAUAUAGCCUUUUUUGUGUAUGUGACAUUAGUUAAAGCCCAAACGAGGCUCUCUAGCCAAGGUGACCCACUUUCCGUAAGCGUAUAUGUCGUUCACCUUGAACAAAGAUUUUGCAAGAAUUUUCUUCACUUCUUAUCUAAUUGAUAUUCAUAGGGUUUCACGUCUCCAUACUAGAUUCUGCCUUGCUUAAGUUCGCUAUUCUGACAGAUAGAAAAACCUACAAAUGGUCUGUAAUACGUGAUGUAUACUACAGCAAUAUAAUCAGCUUACGUAAUUGAAUUAUUUUAGGUCCGACUCUCGCAAUGAAUUUUCCCCUGGUUGAGAAGACAUUUUAUGUUCUAUGUCUUAUCAACUGGUUUUUAUCAGGUAUGCUUUACUUUAUAGCACCUUUCAAACAAACAUUUUCAAAUUUAUAUACAAUCAUUGAAGGGUUUUCUAGACGCAAAUUUUUCUACAUUUCAUUAGAUCUAACCAGGAGCAGUUGUGAAAAAUGAAACCAUAUGCCUUCUGAGGGGAAUCGAACCUGCGGAAUCGACCGCUGCACCGGAAUCGCAGGGCCGCAAGUUCGAUUCCUGCCGCGGAAGGGCCGAUAGUUGCAUAGUGAAACUAGUAGAGAGUUUGGCAACCUAGAACGGCAACGAUAACGGCAACGGGAAAAAUAUAAUUGCUUAUAUUGUUGUAUUUGAGCCAAAGUAUACGUUACUACACUUAAUUUGCCUCUUUAAGUAUUCCUGUUUCUUUCAAACGUACCCUUAAGUAAAAAUAGUCCGCGAAUUCAAAUAAACACCUCAAAUAACAUCGAACGAAUUAACCGUCGCCGUAGUCAUGCACCGUGAAAAUGAUGCAAAUCACGUACUAGUUUCAACAACUACGGCAUUGCACAACGCUUAAGACCAUGUAAUUUACAUUUGCCUUUGUCUUUGAGGAUUAAUGCUAUUGUUGAUGACCAUAUUGCCGUUGCCGUUGCCCUUGUAUUUGCCAAACUCUCUAAUAUCGUACUGAAGGCCGAGAGACGCGCGCAAAAUUGAUAGCAAGUAAGACUAGGGUAGCACCUUUGAAAAAUGUAUAAAAUUCGCACUAGAAAAAUCUCCAUCUAUACAAAUCCCUUGAACAAUAGGCAAUACACCCUUUCGAUAAUUACGUGACAACUACACUGUUUUCAACAUAGGACCACCUUAAAUGGAAAGUAUUUCAAGGUUUUUUUUCUCAUGGGCUAUGCAGAGAAGCAGAAUAUCAUCCUUCAACACAUGCACGAAAACACAUUUGACCAAUAAAUGCGCAAAUUAAAACCCAAAGAAAAAUCAUAAGCGUCAUAUAUGUGAUAAAACACUCCUACUCGUGCUUUAAAUAGUACUUAAACGAGGCUCAUGACCUGAAGCCUCGUUUUCGUGUUAAUGCUUCCAUAUUUAUUGAUGAAAACCCAAAAUGUUUCUCAUGCAUGUGUUGAAGAAGGAUGUUCUGCUUCUCUGCAGAGCCCAUGCAUGAGAAAAAACCCUGAAAACAGUGUAGUUGUGACAUAAUUAUAGAAAAGGGUGUAUUCCAGCUUUUAAUUUAUGCGCGCAGGGGGGGGAGUAAGGUAUCAUAUUGCUGAUUAUGCUAAAAAAAUAAAAAUGAAUUAAAGCUGGAAUUGCCUAUAACUUCUAUCGAGUGAAAUGCCCAAAGUUCUAAGAAUAAUUUUCCCAUUUGCUGAAACAUUCCCAGAAUUAAGUUCUCAAUCUUGCAUAUUCAUGCAGCCCAAAAAUCCAGUGAUAUAAUCAAUCAACUGCAUUUAUAAUAUAGCAUUUGUAAAUUCUGAAAGUUGAUUGGCUAAGAGCCGUGUUGAUAUAACUCAAUGUCAACACGGAGACGUUGGAAAAUUUCUUUCUUUAUGUUUCUUUGUGCUAUAUUAUAAAACAAAUAUAAAACAUUUUUUCCGUAUUGAUAUACAGUUAUAUCAACACUCGUGGAAAUUAGGAAAACUCGAAAUUGUGUGAAACUCCGCCCUUCGGGCGUCGUGUUUCCACACAAUUUCUCGUUUUCCCAAUUUCUAUACUCGUGUUGAUAUAACUGUAUAUCAACACGGAAGAUGUUUUAUAUUUGUUAAAUAUUAGUCCACUGCAUUUAUUAGAUCGCAGGACCAUGCUUGUGGUGUCAUUUAAACUUGUUUAUACUGCAUUCUACAUUUUAGCAACAAAAUCCGAGGAUAUUUACGUGUCCAAUAAAGCAACAAAGGUAAAAAACUGCGGUUUAAGCGAGGAUGUCCCAUGCCCUACCAUUAACGCAGCAAUCCAGAUUGCCAAGGAGCAUUCCCAAAUCAAUAUUGUACCAUCAGACGUGGCCUACAAAGACUGUCCGGUAUAUGUGAACAAACCUGUAGCUUUCAACGGAAUUCGUGGAAAUCCAGUAAUAGAUUGUGGCGGGAAAGAUGCUUUUAUAUUUAAUUUUGGCACUAAGGGCCCAGCUAAAAGGAAGGCCAAGAAAAUUAAAGAACAGCCGGUUAUAAAACUUGACGUGUCAAAUCUGAAAAUCCAGAAUUCCAAAACAGGGUUCUCGUUUUUGAAGCCGACAAGUAAUGCGAAUCUUCGCUUAGAGAAUAUAGAAUUCGUGAAAAAUGACAUUGAUAUUUCUUGGAGCAAUUCAUAUCUGUGUUAUCUGGUUAUGACAAAUGUGAAAACAUUUGGGUCUUCUGGUAAUGCAAUUGAUAUCAAAGGAUGCAAUAAAACAACGAUGCUACUAUCCAACACAAAAUUCAAUGGGAAAUACUUCAGAGUUAUAUCAACCGACAAAAGUUCUACUUUGGAUAUUAAAAUGGAUAGAGUUGUAUUUGAUAUGAGCAGCAGAGCAAAAGAAAUCGUUUCAACCGAUUCGAACAAAGAAAUUCAAUUUCACUCCCCGAUGCACAUCGUGACUGCGUUAAAAAGAACUGCAGUUACUAUCAAAGCAUCCAAAUUUUCAAAUCAUUUUGGAGAAAGAAAUUCAAUGAUCAAUGUUACAGCUUUUCAAAAAACAAAAAACGGCUUCACUUCUCCAAUAAACAUCAACUUCAAUAACGUAACAUUUAGCAACAAUACAGUACAGAAUGGCGGUGGCGGUGCAAUUUCGUUCAAUCUUUCAAAUAAACUAACGAAAAACAAACCACACAUUAUAGUAUUUAAUGCCUCUACGUUUAUCGACAACUCAGCCUCGAAUGGUGGUGCAGUAUGGUUCUCAGAUUGGGAGAAAAAGAAAGUACAAUUUAAUGGCAGCACAUUUAUAGAUAACAAAGCCCUCGGCACCGAGGAUGAGAAUGGCAACGGAGGUGCCUUGUUUGUGCUGGGUGGUAAAUUUUUGAUAAAAAUCUCCAAAUUCGAAGGCAAUAUGGCAACAAAAGCUGGCGGGACUUUGUAUUUAUAUAACAAGAAAGUAACAAGCAUAAAAGUGUCUAAUUCAGUUUUUCAAAAUAAACGUUCCUGGAGCCGCAUAGAAGGAGGUGUAAUGUAUUUCAGUGAUGUUCCGACAUUCUUUUCUGGCAAAGUUGUGUUCAACCUCAGUUCAAGUAAUUCCGGAGAAUCGAUGUUUUUAUACGAAGGCCGACCAAGUCUACUGCGCAUGAGCAAUACGAGUGUUUUCAUUUGUCCAAAAGGGUAUAAUUACGAAGAACCGAAGUAUAUAAUAAAACUGAAAAGCAGCAAGCAACAGAAGUUCUUUCCAGUCUACCACAUCUUUGCAUUCUCGUGUAAACCUUGUCAGGAUCUGUUUUAUAGCACCGCACGUGGAUUCCGGCAAGCGAACGAGACAGAAACGCGCGGGAAAUGUCACGUGUGUCCGUAUGGCGCGUCGUGUAACGGCACGAUCCGCGCGAGGGCAAACUUCUGGGGCAAGGUCGAAGGAGAUAAGGUCAAAAUGAUCCCUUGUCCAAAAGGUUACUGCUGUGAUCGUGAACCAUGUGAAAGUUAUGAUUCUUGUCGUGCGCACAGAACUGGCACAUUGUGUGGUCACUGCUCUGAUGGUUAUACAGAAAGUAUGAGCUCAACAAAAUGUUUUCCCAAUGAAGAAUGCGACAAAGUAUGGUGGUUAUGGCCAGUAUUCAAUGUCUUUGGCAUUUUCGUCAUUCUUUGUUUCCAUCAAGAGGUAAGAUAAAGAUACCAU